CACACCUCAAUAUCACACUGAUAACGUUGCCGCUGUCGCAGAUCUUUCUUUGGUCAACUCUAAAUGUUCAACGUGCUCAAGCUGACUGUGUUGACAACAUUGAAACAAUCAAUUCAUAUCCGGAGGAUUUUGAUGAUGUACCUGAGAGUUGCUGUCCUCAGCGGGGUGUGUCUGCUGGUGUAUUCGCAAGUGAACACGCCUGAGUACCCGUCCUACAACGAGAUACCUCGUGGCCUCAGCUUCUCUUGCAGUCAGAGAGGUCCAGGAUACUAUGCUGACCCCGAGGCCCAAUGUCAGGUGUGGCACUGGUGCCUGCCCUCAGGCCAACAAUACAGUUUCCUUUGUCCGAAUGGCACGGUGUUCAAUCAGCUGUACCGCGUCUGCGACUGGUUCUUCAACGUUGAUUGCCCAGCCUCCCAAAACUUCUACAAUGUCAACGACGAUCUCUACAAAGACAGUAAAGGCAACCCGAUUUGAGAUAUAAUUCCCUUUUUGUUAUAAGAGUUUCCAAUUUUUUGUACAUUUUUACUUGUAAUUUAUUUAAAUGUGUAUCAAUAAAUA